UUGUGUGAUUUACUUCCUAUACUUGCUGUGGUUUUCCUGAAAACAAGUUCUGCAAAAUGACACAUAGAGUAUGUAGGUAAAAGUCAAACUAGUCAGAAAGACCGGUGCACUUUACAGAACUGCUGAACAUUCACAUUAUUCAGCUUCAUCAUGGCUGGACACCUGCUAUUACUCGUCCUCAUGUAUUCAUUUUCUGAGAUCAGAGCACAAGCUCCUCCACCUAAACUGACAGUGAAUCCACCGGUGAUCACAGAGACAGACUCAGUCACAUUGAACUGUCAGACUCCAUUUGAUUCUGUGUCUCAGUGUUUUUUCCACAUUGUGAAAGAACAAACUGUCAGAGUCUUCUCCUGUCUGAAGACACUGCCAGGGACUGAGCUGCUGUUGAUGACACAUCAGAGUUCACCUGCUGAGGUUAAAGUGAGAUGUUAUUACUCUGUGAAUCUCGGAGAGUUCAGUUAUACGUCUCCACACAGUGACAUAUCCUCCAUCACCAUAAACAUUCCUCCUCCACCUAAACUGACAGUGAAUCCACCGGUGAUCGCAGAGACAGACUCAGUCACAUUGAACUGUCAGACUCCAUCAUCUGUUUCUGGGUCUCAGUGUUAUUUUCACUUUAUGAGAAGAAAACCUUCCAAAACCCUCUCUUGUCUGAAGACACUGACAGGGACUGAGCUUCUGAACAUAACACAUCAGAGUUCACCUGCUGAGGUUAAAGUGACAUGUUUUUACCUUGUAGCUAAUCAUUCUCCAGAGAGUAACGUGUCCUCCAUCAGCAUACAAACUCCUCCACCUAAACUGACAGUGAAUCCACCGGUGAUCACAGAGACAGACUCAGUCACAUUGAACUGUCAGACUCCAUCAUCUGUUUCUGUGUCUCAGUGUUAUAUUUACACUGUGAAGGAACAAACUGCCAAAGUCUUCCCCUGUGUGAAGACACUGACAGGGACUGAGCUGCUGAACAUGGCACGUCAGAGUUCACCUGCUGUGGUUGAACUGACAUGUUAUUACACUGCAGAGCACAGAGGAGGACAAUAUCAGUCUCUGCAUAGUAACACAUCCUCCAUCACCAUACAACCUCUUCCUCCACCUAAACUGACAGUGAAUCCACAGGUGAUCACAGAGACAGACUCAGUCACAUUGAACUGUCAGACUCCAUUUGAUUCUGUGUCUCAGUGUUUUUUCCACAUUGUGAAAGAACAAACUGUCAGAGUCUUCUCCUGUCUGAAGACACUGCCAGGGACUGAGCUGCUGUUGAUGACACAUCAGAGUUCACCUGCUGUGGUUAACAUGACAUGUUAUUACUCUGUGAAUCUCGGAGAGUUCAGUUAUACGUCUCCACACAGUGACAUAUCCUCCAUCACCAUAAACAUUCCUCCUCCACCUAAACUGACAGUGAAUCCACCGGUGAUCGCAGAGACAGACUCAGUCACAUUGAACUGUCAGACUCCAUCAUCUGUUUCUGUGUCUCAGUGUUAUUUUUACACUUUGAGUGGAGGAACCAAAGUCUUCUCCUGUCUGAAGACACUGACAGGGACUGAGCUGCUGAACAUGGCUAAUCAGAGUUCACCUGCUGUGGUUAAAGUGAAAUGUUCUUACGCUGUAAAACUUGGAGAGAAAACCCCUCAAUCUCCGUACAGUGACAUAUCAUCCAUCACCAUCAACACUGUCCUUCCACCUAAACUGACAGUGACUCCACCAGUGAUCACAGAGACAGACUCAGUCACAUUGAACUGUCAGACUCCAUCAUCUGUUUCUGUGUCUCAGUGUUAUUUCUACACUUUGAGUGAAAAAGCUUUCAGAGACUUUCCUUGUGUGAAGACACUGACAGGGACUGAGCUGCUGUUGAUGGCUCAUCAGAGUUCACCUGCUGAUGUUGAAAUUACAUGUUAUUACACUGUAAAGCUUGGAGAGAAAACCUCUCAAUCUCCACCCAGUAACAUAUCAUCCAUCACCAUAAACAAUAUUGUGGAAACAGUGUCAACCACAGUGCAGAGUAUGUCAACAUUAACUAUGACAGAAACAGUUACCAGAGAGACUAAUACAGCUGGUAUAGUUACUCUGACCUCUGCCAACAACACUGUGAAAACAGCAUCAGACAGCAAUGUCACAGUAAGAUGGAUGUGGAAGGUCCUUGUGGCUGUGACUGGUCUUGGAGUAACUCUGGGUGUCACCUCACUGGGACUGGUGCUUCUGUGCACCAAAAGAAGAAGUGGAAAAUGUUUCAACAAGAGAUCACAAGCCAGCGUUAGCGGUGAUAUAAUGAUGACAAAUACUGACUAUGGAAGAUUGUUACCUCCAGGUAAUGGUGAAGGCUACAGUAUGGUCAGCUCUGUACGUGAUGCUGAUGGUCCUUCAGGUUCUGAGAAACUGAACAAUUGGGAUCCUCAAAAUCAGGAUUCUGACACAUACCAUAUGUACUCCACCAUCUCAGAGGAGCCGGCUCCAUCAGCCCUGAAGGAUGCGGGCUACAGCUCCCUGCAAGCACACUGACACUCAAACUUUCUGAAACUGUAGAGACAGAGAACAG